GCGAUUUUAAAGCAAUCGAUCCAGUAACACACACGUGUUAUGGCCAAACCUGCCUGAAUGUCCCGCACCUGAACUUCAGCUCUUACAGUUCUCUGGGUUCAGUGAGAAUUAAGUGCCUAUGAUACCACAGAGAGCGAAAGUACUCCAGCGUUUGGGGGAGGCCGCUGUGUAAGCGUGGUGGAGGCUUCAUGGUUACUAAACGAUUAAAUUUGCAGUAUAUGGGCCAUAUAAAUUGCCUUGCAAUUUCCGGUUGCUUUCCUCAUACAUAAAUUGCACAAAGUUUAUGAAUAAAAAUAAAGAUGCCAUACCCGAUUAGGGUUGCAGUGGGAUAUAUGCAGGAGCUGAGCAUCUGCACUGACCUUGGGGAAGGUUUGAAAGCAUAAAUGCUAAAAUGUAUUGUGGGCAGUUUUCCAUUUAUUUUCCUGAGUAUUGACUGUUAGAAGAAAACAAAUACUCUGUGGCAUUUCCUGCUUACUUUUGCGUUUGAAAUGCAAGAUCACAUUUGAUCAUGCAAGAAAGGAGUUUGUUUUCAUUUGGUAAUGCAAGAAAGGAGAAUAGAGUUUUCAGUGUGAUCUGUCCUUGUGGAUGUAAGCUGAAGAGGGACUUAUUUCCUUGCAGCAUUUCUAAUCUUAAAACUAUGUUAGCCAGCUCCAGUGAGAGGGCAUUCUCUGACAGAAACCUGUAAAGUUCCUGCCUCAGCUUCACAUGAGGAUCAAGUGAUAGGCUCCCUACAGUCAUCCCUUAGAAGUGCUUCUCCCUGCACUGUAAAUGACAUGACCUUUUCAAUCAGAUCUAGACUACCAGGUUUGCUGAGAGUGGUCAUUUGAGUUUAAGUAUUACCAUUUUCUAGUUUUUAGUUCUAUUAUCAAGGAGAUUUUCUCCUGAAAUUUGGUUUCAUCCAAAUUUCAGGAGAAGCCCGAAGUUUCAGCCAAGCACUUGGCUCUUUAGCAUGUUUUUCUUAAAUAAUAUUGUCAAAAACCUCACCAUUUCUGUCUUCAGCAGAAUGUAAGAAUAUGACUAGUUAUUACAGUAAUACAUAUUAAAUUACUGUAUGGUUACAUACAUCAUUGUUUUUAUUAAGCACUCAGUGUGUGUUCAGUGCAGCAUAAACAUUAAACAAGAUAAUUCUUCCCCCGGUGAAUUUACAGUCCCAAAGAUCUUCAUAGGAAGGAGUAGUAAUAAUAUAUCAUUAGCACACCACCUUUAAAUCAAUCUCUUUUUCUUUCCCUGUGGUUAACACUCAUUUGCUGUUGAUCAUGACUGGUGUAUCCUGGCACGUCCUGUAGUGCUGUUUGAUGAUGUUACAGAGCCCCGUUGUCCACUCUACCCCUCUGUGAGAAGUUCUUGUUCCGCACAUGUGGAAGGAGAGCAUAUGUCCCUGCUUCAGCUGCUGCCAUACAAAGCCCAGCAGCAGAGACCCACCUUUGAUGGUACUCCACGCUAAGACUUUGGUUGUUGUAUCAAAGCACAAUUUCCUCCUGCCACCUCGGCUUCCUGUGAGGACAGCUGGAAACACUCGUGUCUUUAACAGCUGCAGCAAGAUUCUAUGAAGCUCGUUGUUAAAGCCCUGAGAGAAGAGACUCUGCAAAUGGAAAGGCAUCUAGUUUUCACUGAUUUCUGUUGGAUUUAGGUUAGGAUUUGACUAUGGCAGUGCCAUUUCUGCGGAAGGCAUCUGUGCGGUUAAAGAAGCACAAGAUCACUGUGGUGGCCGUUUCAUGCAUGGGACUGCUUGGCACUAACCUUUCCUAUCAUGUGUUUCCUGAGCAGACGUUCAAACUGUUGCACGAGGGCUGGUCAGAGGGACAGCCAGCUGAGCUUUCCAAGCAGCUCUGUGGUGUGUUUCAGGAUGUCCUUCAGGAUACUGGUGUGAAGUCCACUGACUCCUACAGAGCCUUUGCAGCUUCUGGCUUCCACCCUGUGAGCGCUGGAAUUCCCUGGCUGCCCUCAGGCUCUUUGGUGGGCAUCCCACCUAAUUUUGAUAGCACCGCUGAGGAUAAAAAAGGAAUAGUCAACCAUGUUGUUGUAAUAAAUGGCAAGGAAGUAGACUGGGAGAGCAGUGAAGGUGUGGCUUUAAAAGAAGCUCUCACAUUUUCCCUUGAAGCUCAGAAGUUUGCCAUUGCCAGAGAAGUUGUAUAUUUGCAGUCUGGCAGCCCUUUAGUGAGUGCAGCUGUGGCUCCAACUUGCUUGGCUGGGACGUUUGUCUGUGGGAGAGCUCUAAAGCUGCUUCUGGGGUUAUCCACGGGCCCCGUGAUCCUCCGCAGCCUCUGUAACCUUGUCACUGCCAUGGGAGGACUGCUCUGCUUCUAUGUCUCUUCUGACGCUGUCACCUAUCACCUGGACUGCAGGGCUGACAGGAAGGCAGCCAGGCUUUCCAAGGACUACGCCAGAGGUGGCCUUGAAUUCUAUGAUAAAAUCUUGUCCCGCAACAGGAUUUUUCGUGGUCUGAUGGGCAAACAGGGGAUGAAAAUGUAUGCCCCGAGUGGUAACCUUUUCCCAAGGCACUGGUUCAGAAUAAAGUAUACACCAUAUACUUACCGGAGAACUUUGAUUCUUAAUAUUUUAAGAGAGCUCGAGGCAUCAGAUGGGAGUGCUUGAAUUUUAAACUUGUGAAUUAUGUAUUUUGGAACAGCGCUGUGCUGUUUUUUGGGGGGUUUUUUGUUGUUUUUUUUUUCCUUCUGUAUCUUCAUUAGAAUUUUGGGGUUUAUUUUUGCAUAUAGUUCAGGAAGAGUUAUUGCACGUUCCUUGAAUAAAGAAUUCUCUC